UAUUAUACGUGUAACUAGGAACAAGAUACUCGAGAGCUGGCCGAGUGUAACCUCGUGGUUCCUUACCUGCUCCGCUCGUCGUUCCUCUCCUUCCCCCCUACCUACCCCUUGAUCACGGGGUUGACGCGUCAGGGACAAUUUAACAUCAGUGUGUAUGCUCACUGGUGACAGAUUCCGACUCACCAUCGUGCUGAGCAUAUCGACGAUAAGCUGGGAGCAUUUACACAGGUUAAGAUCUCUCGACAGACCUUUUGCCGCGGUACUAUUUAGCACUGCACCCCGUUUCCGUCAGUUUGUUUUUUCUUCUUCUUCUCUCUCUUGCCACACGCGGUCCAAACAGCCGGUCUCCUGAAUAACGUGAAGUGAUUGGAUAAAAGUGAACCACAAUUCACAUCUCUAGUCUGUGCGGACAGUCUUCGAAGGAAGUCCCGGGUAUUGUUUCCAGACAGAGCUUGUUACAGCCGCACAUCUGCUGAGUUGUCUUCGCAUCCCAGAGCCGGCUGGACCGUUAGCUUGCCCUGAGUUUUGAACCCUCGCCGUCACGCCGGGGACUCGCUAGACGAGAAUGCGAAGGUGCCUCCGGAGCUUCUGGGAGUCGAGGACUCUGUGGUUGUCUGUACUCAUUCCUAUCGCGGUCCUGCCUCUGCCGCUGUUGUACCCGAACAGUAUCGCAAGAUGUGGCUAUUGUGUCAUCGUGACAGGGAUUUUCUGGGUGACCGAGCUGCUGCCGCUGCCUGUGACAUCCCUGUUUCCUCUUUUCCUCUUUCCAAUGCUCGGUGUCAUGAAAGCCUCGGAUGUGUGCAGUUCUUAUGUCAAGGACACGCUAAUGCUUUUCAUGGGUAGCCUGGUAGUCGCGGUGGCAGUAGAAAAGUGGAAUUUACACAGAAGACUUGCUCUGAGAACUCUGACUCUAGUCGGUCCUCAACCACGAUGGUUGCUGAUGGGGAUCAUGUUUCCCUGCUUUUUCCUGUCCAUGUGGAUGAGCAACACAGCCACAACGGCCAUGAUGAUGCCUAUCGUCACCGCCAUCCUACACCAGAUCCGACAGUCUCGCAAGACUUCUUCAGAAGACGAUGAGCUUACUGAACAAAACCAGAAUGACAUCAAACUCACCAUCAAGGAGGUCAAGAAUGGGAAGAUUGAGGACGAUGAGGUCAAGACGAUUAUGCCAAAUCGAGCUUCAGAUGAGGACAAGGAGUUUGCCAGCCUCGCCAAGACGUUUUCUCUCUGCACCGCCUUCUCGGCCAACAUCGGGGGCGUGGCCACGCUGACCGGCACGCCCCCAAACGUCAUCUUCAAAGGGCUGGCAGACGUGUUGUACCAGCAGUAUGGCGAGACCAACCCCAUCAACUUCGCCAACUGGCUGAUCUUGGGUGUGCCACUGGCAGUCAUCUGCUUCAUCUUCCUCUGGUUCUGGUUCCAACUGUACGCACAAGGACUCAAGUGCUUUCAGUGUUUCAAGAAAGGAGACGAGUCCUACAGUGCCGUAAAGCGAAUCUUGCAGACGGAGUACCGGAAGCUGGGUCCCAUGUCGUUCGCCGAGAUCAUCGUCCUCGUCGACUUUAUCGUCUUGGCAAUCCUGUGGGUCACCCGAAAUCCAGGCUUUAUUCCUGGCUGGAGUUCACUCUUCGAGAAAGAGUACGUCAAGGAUUCCACACCUGCAAUACUCCUAGCAGUCGUCCUCUUCUUCCUGCCGGCUCGACCUCCACGAUGGCUGCCAUGUUGCCGCUCCAAGUCGGAAGCCAUUAUGCUUGAGGACGGCGAGAAGCACCCUUUGCUGAGAGCUCGGCAGCGUCAAGAGGCUCUGGAGUUCCCUAGUGGCUACCAGCCAAUUCUUACCUGGAAACUCGUCAACGAGAGACUGGCCUGGGGAGUCCUUCUUCUCAUGGGAGGAGGUUUUGCCUUGGCUGAUGGCUGCCAGGUAUCCGGGCUGUCCAAAUGGGUCAGUGGUCACCUGGCGGCCUUGGCAACGUUGGACCCGUGGGUCAUCGGUAUGUUGCUCACACUGUUCAUCGCUGUCACCACAGAAGUGACCAGCAACGCGGCCACCACCACCCUCUUCGUCCCAAUCGUCGGGGAUCUGGCCGUGCAGCUGGGAGUGAAUCCAUUAUACUUCAUGAUUCCAUGCACCAUCUCAGCAUCUUUAGCCUUCCUGCUGCCAGUAGCAACGCCACCAAACGCCAUUGUGUUUUCCACUGGCUUCCUAAAAGUUAAAGACAUGGUGCUGGUGGGACUGCCCAUCAACAUCUUCGCGCUUGUGGCCCUCAACAUCGCCUGCAACACGUGGGCUGCCAGUACCUACGACCUCUUCAACGUCCCACUCGGCUUCCGGAUCAACUCUACGGCCAUGAACUUAAAUGAUACCAUGGUCUACAGUAUAAACAGUUCCCUUCCCUUAAAUGUUUCUGUUAUAUCUUGAAUUUCAUGCUACGCUUUUCUAUGUUAUGUCGCAUUUUUGCGAGUCACGUGGUCCAGUGUGCGAAAUCAUGUGGCGGACGUUGAGAGGAGAAUCUACCUGAAGUAGGUAUUGCAUGCCAAGUGUUCAUACUAUUCUUUGCCUAUGUGAAGGCUAGUUGUAAAUAAUGUGUAAAAAUGUACAUAAGGGAAAGAGGAACAGAGAACGUUACCUAUUUGUACAGGACUGAAUAUAUUCUUGUCAUUUCAAAUUCCCCUUCAUGUCAAUUUUUCUGCUGGUGAAAACGUUGAUUGGGAUCACAUCGAACGAGAAAUAUUUUGAUGUUUGACAGAAAAUUGUGUCCGUAUGAAUUAUAUUCUCUUGUUAUCUCAUUAACUCCCCUAUGAUUCGUGCAUGGAAGGAGCAACAGUUGUGGCACGAACAGAACUAUUUCAUUAACCCUUACACUGAAAUUAAAACUUCGUGGCCGUUUUAGCUGUAACUGUUAAUGAGAUGUUUUUUAGUCGAAACCACGCUUGCUGCGAUCUUUGUGAUGUAUCAGUUCAUUAUGGUAUGAUGUAACUAGACGAAUUUCAAGAAAAAGCAGCGUAUGUUGUCGGAAAUUCUUGAGAUGCCCAUUGUUAUCACCGCUUAUAAUGUAAAUAGCAGUUUUGUAAAUAUUUGUAAAAUGGUGAGGUAAACACACAAAUAUAGUCACGCACAGACUCACAUCCCCAUCUUUUCACGUAUCACCGGUGAGUCCAUUCUUGGAGCAGCUCUUACCAGGAUGUGUAGAACCUAGUUGGGUCUUGUCAUCCUCUCGGUGUUUGUAUAAUUUGCAGAUAUAGUAAAGAAAAAGUCUUAAAAACUAAGCUCGCUGACAGAUGACUACAAACACAGCCCUCAUGAGCACACAUUCACAAUGCUGUAAAAAUACAGGAGUUACAAACCUCCUUGUUGUGUUUGUAACCAUGGAGGUGCAAACCUCCUCAUUGCUAUAUCUCUGUAACCGCGGAGGUGCAUGCGUUAUCUUUGGGUCUCUCUGUAACCAUGGAGUCCAAACCUCAUUAUUGUUGGGUCUCUGCGCAACCAUGGAGAUGCAAAAGCUAAAUGCAUAUGUCCGCACAAAACGAAGACUGAUCGCUGUUAACGAGCGCUGGUCACAGUUCCAGACAUUCUACCUUUGCUGUCAGGUUGUCGUGACAACAGGACAAGGCCAAAGGUUGGCUUCACGUGUUCUUACCUUUCACUUACAUAGCUCCAUCCUCCUCAGGUACUAUGUCGUCAUUCCGGUGAAGAGAAAAACCUUCGUGUAAAGCCAAAGAUGAUUUUCAUUUAACACAGUUGUUUCGUGUUUAUCUCAUUUUGAAGAUAUUGUUGCGAUUGUCGGUGGUGCUGAUUAUUAAUGGGUGUGUGAGAUUACAAUACUGAUGCCGUAUGCGUGGUACACUAGAAAAAUGUGAUACGUGACUGGUGUGAAAGCUGUUGGGGAUUGUUACCUCAUGCUUUGUUGUGAUAUGAGCUUAUCACAUUAUGACCACGUAACUGUUAAAGAGAAAAUAAAGGAGAAACACAAUUGUG